UUCUUGUGCACAUUUAUUACGCUGUGUUUCGUUUUACUUCUAUGACCGGCAAAGCUGCAAUCUUUCCUUAAUAACAAAAAUUGUAUGUUGAAGUUUUACGAGGACAGUGAUUUGUUUUAUGUCUAAAUUCUUUAAUUAUUCAUUAUUAAGAGUGUAGCUAAAUAACAAAAAACAAACAUGGCGAAUCACCAAUAUCAAAUUGCAAAUUUGCUCGAAAAGAUGACAUCUAAUGACAAGGAUUUUCGCUUUAUGGCCACUAAUGAUUUAAUGACGGAAUUACAAAAAGAUAGCAUAAAACUAGAUGAUGAGUCGGAAAAGAAAGUAGUGCGUAUGGUACUAAAGCUUUUGGAGGAUAAAAAUGGUGAGGUACAGAACUUAGCGGUAAAAUGCCUAGGUCCUUUGGUUAAUAAGGUUAAAGAGAAUCAAGUUGAGAUGAUAGUGGAUUCUUUAUGCGCAAAUAUGAUAUCCAGCACUGAACAAUUGCGUGAUAUAUCCAGUAUUGGUUUAAAAACUGUGAUUUCAGAAUUACCGCAAACUUCUAAUUCAUUAGCGCCAAACGUUUGCCAACGUAUUACAGGAAAGCUUAGUAACGCUAUUGAAAAGGAAGACGUUUCAGUUAAACUAGAAGCUUUAGAUAUACUUUCUGAUUUGCUUUCACGUUUUGGUGAUUUUCUUGUACCGUUUCAUAAUACCAUUUUGAGAGCAUUGCUUCCACAGUUGGGAUCUUCACGUCAGGCUGUUCGUAAACGCACCAUUGUUGCUCUAUCUCAUCUUUUAACUUUGGCACAAAAUAGUGCUUACAAUGAAGUCAUUGAGCAUAUUCUUGAAGGUUUAGAAAAACCAAAAAAUUCGGUUACUUUAAGAACUUAUAUUCAGUGCUUGGCCUCAAUAUGUCGUCAAGCCGGGCAUCGUCUUUGCAAUUAUAUUGAUCGCGCAAUGUUGCUAUUGAAGGAGUAUAGUCAACGUGAAGAUGAUGAAUUACGUGAGUACUGCUUACAAGCUUGUGAGGCUUUUGUCAUACGUUGUCCAGAAGCGGUUCGUCCCCAGGUUUCAAUGAUACUUGAAUUAUGUCUUAAAUAUGUAACUUAUGAUCCAAAUUACAAUUAUGAGGCAGAUGACUGUGAUGGAGGAGUUGCUAUGGAUACUGAAGAUGAAGAUUAUAUAGACUCUGAAGAAUCAUCAUAUAGUGACGACGAUGAUAUAAGCUGGAAAGUACGUCGUGCAGCUGCAAAAUGUUUGGAAUCAUUGAUUUUCACUCGUACCGAUCUCGUUGAAGAUUUUUAUAGGAAUCUCAGUCCGGCAUUAAUAUCACGUUUCAAGGAACGCGAAGAAAAUGUUAAAUCUGAUGUUUUUCAUGCAUAUAUAGCACUUCUACGUAAUACACGUCCAGCUAAUGAUAUAAUACACGAUCCUGAUUCAAUGGAGCAAAUGCCUGGACCAAUUUCGUUAUUGUUAGAUCAAUUGCCUCAUAUUGUUAAAGCUAUACAACCAUUAAUGAGAGAAAAAUCAAUUAAAACACGUCAGGAUUGCUUUUUAUUGUUGCGUGAAUUAUUGAAUGCAUUGCCAGGUGCACUUGGUCCAUAUUUAGAUAAAAUAAUGCCCGGUAUUAGUUAUUCUCUAAAUGAUAAAUAUACUUCUAGUAAUAUGAAGAUCGAAGCUUUGGGAUUUUUGUGUUUACUAUUACAAAACCAUCAGCCGGAGGUUUUUCAUUCGCAUAUAUCAUUACUAGUACCACUUGUCGUAACUGCAGUUUUCGAUCCAUUUUAUAAGAUCGCAACGGAAGCAUUGCAAGUUUUACAGCAAUUAGUUAAAGUUCUACGUCCUAUUGAUCCGACACUAGGACCUACAACAAACUCUUUUGAUAUAACACCUUUUGUUGAAAACGUUUAUUCGUCAACAUUACAAAAACUUAAAGCAACUGACGCUGAUCAGGAAGUUAAAGAACGUGCUAUCGCAUGCAUGGGUCAGAUUAUUGCUAAUAUGGGAGAUUUUCUUCAACCCGAAUUAAUUGUUUGCCUUCCUCUUUUCAUGGAACGUUUAAGAAGUGAAGUUACACGCUUAAGCGCUGUUAAGUCGCUUACAAUGAUCGCUGCCUCACCAUUGCAUAUAGACUUUUCACCGAUUUUAGACGAUGUUAUUCCAAUACUUGGAAGCUUUUUGCGUAAGAAUCAAAGGGCUCUCAAACUUCAUUCGCUAGAUUUGUUGAAUAAAAUUGUUGAAAAUUAUUCGCAAAAUUUCAAACCUCAAUUGUUAAAAGUUGCUAUUAUUGAAAUACAACCUUUAAUCUCAGAUUCUGAUUUGCAUGUUGCACAAUAUUGUUUAAUUCUACUAAAUACCACUGCUCGUAAACAACCACAUGCAUUGAUUGGUAUACAUGAUUACUUUUUGCCUUCAGUACUUGUCUUAGUACGGUCACCAUUACUUCAAGGUGCAGCGCUCACCUGUUGCCUGGAUCUUUUUAGAGGACUUGUUUGUACACAAUUACCAGGUUUAGAUUACAAUUCUUUACUUAAAAAGCUAAUGGAACCAAUGACAUCACGCAAUGAUAACAGCGUUAAUGUGGUUAAUACAAAUGAACAACUACACAAGCAGGCCUAUCAUUCGUUAGCAAAAUGCAUUGCAGCAUUAACGCAACAAUGUCCUCAAGAAGCUGUACCAUUGGCAAAACGUCUUUUGUCAGAUUUACAAAGACACUCUUCCGUUACUGACACGCAAUUAGUGUUCUGUUUAUUAACUGUUGGAGAAAUUGGUCGUCAUUUUGACCUCAGAUUUAUUCCUACUUUACCUCAAACUAUAAUUGAGUGCUUCGGAGCUGGUUCUGAAGAUGUUAAGGGUGCUGCAAGUCAUGCUCUUGGUGCUGUUUCCGUUGGUAGUUUACAAACAUAUUUACCUCUAAUUCUUAAGGAAAUUGAAGCUCAACCAAAACGUCAAUAUUUAUUACUACAUUCACUUAAAGAGGUCAUUUCAUCACUUUCUAAUACACCAAAUGGUUUAGCCCAAUUAUUACCAUCGGUACCAUCAAUAUGGGCUCAGCUUUUCAAAUAUUGUGAGUGUACUGAGGAGGGAUCACGAAACGUUGUAGCAGAAUGUCUUGGCAAGCUGGUUCUUGUUAAUCCUGAAGAUUUGUUGCCACGUCUUCAAGUUGCGCUUCACAACAAAAGUCCACUUAUGCGUACUGUUGUAGUUUCAGCUAUUAAAUUUACUAUUUCUGAUCAACCUCAACCAAUCGAUGUGUUACUUAAACAAAAUAUUGGUGAAUUUCUUUAUGCAUUGCGCGAUCCGGAACCGUCUGUCAGACGUGUGGCAUUGAUUGCAUUUAACUCCGCAGUGCACAAUAAACCAAGUCUAGUGCGUGAUUUGUUACCUACCUUAUUACCAUGGUUGUACUCCGAAACUAAAAUAAAGAGUGAAUUAAUACGUGAAGUUGAAAUGGGUCCGUUUAAACACACAGUAGAUGAUGGCUUGGAUAUAAGAAAAGCAGCUUUUGAGUGCAUGUACACAUUGUUAGAACAAGGACUCGAUCGCGUAGAUGUAAUGCAAUUCUUAGAUCAUGUUCAACAAGGUCUUUGCGAUCACUAUGAUAUAAAAAUGUUGACUUAUUUGAUGACAGCACGCUUAGCUGUUUUGUGCCCAGAUGCAGUUUUAAUAAGACUUGAUCAAUUUGUCCGCCAACUUCGUGAAACCUGCACACACAGAGUUAAGGCAAAUUCAGUAAAACAAGAGUAUGAGAAACAAGACGAAUUGAAGCGCUCCGCCUUGAGAGCCGUUUCCGCUUUAUUACAAAUUCCGAAAGCAGAUAAAAAUCAACAACUGCUUGACUUUUUGAAAUCAAUAAAGGAUACUCCCGAGUUAAAUAAAGUAUUUGAAAAUGUUCAAAAGGAUUCUUCAAAUAAUGCGGAGAUAUCGAUGGAUCAGAGUUAAAUCAUCAUCAUACAGAUUCAUAUUUCUUAAACCUGCAUUUGUUUCAUUUAAUUUUUCUUCUUUUUGAACACAAAAUAAGUUAAGAUUGCGUUAUAAUUAUAUAUUAUUACUUACUUU